CCAGGGCUCAGUCCGAUCGCCCGACUCGUAGCCUUGAAAACAAACGCGUUUUGUUUUUUAAGGUCACCGUCGGCUUCGUUCGGUUUGUGCCACGAUGGUCGCUUUUCGCCCUCAAUCAAGUUAGCCCCGACCGAAUUGAACCGCACCGAUAGUGCCAAUGGACACUGGAAUUUAUAGUUAGAAUACCUAUACCCCAAUGGGCAAUGGGUCUCAUCGCCGUUGCACGGGGAAGGCGUGGGUUCGAUUCCUGUAGUGAGCGAAAGUUUUUACUUUUAGUCAGAUAUCCCUUUCUUUCUCCUGUGAUCGUGUGCUACCUCUCUUGGCACAGCAGAACCUAACAAAAUAGUUUGAAUUGUGUUGAAACUGGUAUAAGAAAUUCACAAAUCCAAUUACAGAUCUUGUGAAAUUAAGAGAAUACAUCGUAAAAAGGAAAAAUAACCCGUUUUCUCCUCGUUAAAUGCAUGAUUGUAUUUUGUAACAGCUGUCAACUGACAGUAGUACGGAACCACCUCCGUAAACGCCAAAGGGAAAUUACUGCAAAGUAAAAAUGGCGAACAACAAGAAGAUUGUUUGUAAAAUUUUGGAGUUUAUACUCCACAAAUACCCUCUUGUAAAUGCUUUAACGCUGCUUUUGCUCUUUGCAGAAAGGGCUGCCACUAAUACAGAUACCCCAAUUCAUCCUCGAAUUGUGUACGCAAAUUUACUGGGAUUCCUUGGCUGCGCCCUCUUCAUGUCGUCACACAUUAAGAGAAAGGAAGCUGCCCUUGUCUUCUGUGGUCAGCUUAUCUAUUUUGCGUAUAAUUUCUACAACAAUAACAAGCUUCAUUAUAAAGAGUGGCUUCGGCAAGAGAUGUGCUCUCGGCAGGUGGGCUGUAUCGGGGUCUACCUUUUGUUUGCUCACAUCAUUGACCAUAAGAAGUCCAAUCUUCUGCGCAGGUUGGGGGAAAUCCUGCUGGGGAUCUUUAUGUUCGCCUAUGUGUACUUGCUCAACGAUUCCAGAGAGAUUCGCAGAGCUUUCCUCAGCCACAUGGUGGGAGAUGAUUGGGCGCGGUACGUCGUGGCUAUGGUCAUCGCCGCGUGUGCUCUCUGUUUCCUGUCGGGUUACUUUGUCCGAGACAUGGCCUUGUGCGCUGCUGUUACCAUUGCAACCUUGACCCUUGUGAUUGACUGUGAUUUCACUUACUGGUCACUGAAGGGAGUUCAAUUCUGGAACCAGGGGCGAAUGGUGGCAGACAAUCUUUGCAUAUGUACAGGACUUUUAUACGCUUUUUUUCACGUAGAUAAUAGGGUGAAAAUGGAUUAGAGAGACGAUUUUUUCUUCCACUGUGAUUUUGUAUGCCUUGUGGAUGAUUAUAAAUAUAUUUCUGU